AUGUCCACCAGACUUACUGAUCGGCUUCAGGCAAUCGUGCCGAUGGCUAAACGAACACUCAGAGUGAUUCAGACCGUCCCAGUUCCCAAAGGAACAGACAGCUUCGAGAGGCAGCGGGAGAAGCUAAUUCAAGAGCUUAACGAAUCCAUUCCCGUGGAGUAUCACCUGCCCCAAGACAUCAUCGACAAUGCUCCGACGGAUGUUACUAGCAUUCCUUCGUCGUGCGGCAUCCUCUGCGAGGAAGAAAUAAGGAUCACAGAAGAUCAUGAUGCUACAUCUCUUGCCGAGGCCAUUGCUCGGAAGCGGUACACAGCUGUGGCGGUUGCGAAAGCCUUUGCCAAGAGAGCCGCCAUCGCUCAUCAAUUGACUUGCUGUCUCACUCAGUAUUUUAUGGAAGAAGCUCUGGAACGUGCACGCUAUCUGGACGACUACCUGGAGAAAGAAGGCAGACCGAUCGGUCCGCUUCAUGGUGUACCAGUCUCGGUCAAGGAGCAUAUGAUGCUGGCGGGUCACUACUCCAGCUACGGAUAUCUCUCGACUCGGACGUACAAUGACAGGGACUCUCUUUUGAUCAAAGAUCUACGUGCCGCUGGCGCCGUUUUCUACUGCAAGACCAACCAACCACAAGGCAUCAUGCACUUGGAAACAGACUCGUGGUAUGGUAGAACUAACAAUCCCUACAAUAUCAAUCUCUCAUCCGGUGGCUCGACGGGUGAGGGAACACCUACUUGUGAUCCCUUGUUCAUUCUCUGACACCCUCUCAGGAGGCGAGUCCGCCCUCAUUGCUCUCAAAGGUUCCGUGCUUGGUCCAGGUACAGACAUCGGCGGUUCAAUCCGAGCUCCAUCCGCUUUCUGCGUAACAUCCCCCAGUCCCAAAUCUCCUCACCUCGCCCAGUACUUACCUUCCUCCCAGGGUAUCUUCGGAUUCAAACCCACAACCUACACCCUCAGCAUGCAAGACUUCAUCCCCCUCGGUUUCCCUGCCGAACUCAACGUCCUCUGCUCCACAGGCCCUAUGGCCCGCUCCCUUCGGGAUAUGCAACUCUUCAUGACUGUCCUCAAAUCCGCUAAUCAACAUAUGCACGAUCCUCGCAUCGUUCCCAUCCCAUGGAAUCCAACUCCAGAGCUCCCCAAGCCGAUCCGAAUCGGCGUCAUGUGGAACGACACCAUGAUCACACCCCAACCUCCCGUCCUCAAAGCCCUAGAAUGGGUCACCACCAAACUCCAAGGAAAUCCAUAUUUCGACCUCAAACCCUUCACACCCUACAACGUCCCCUCAGCAAUCCAAAACAUCGGAGAAGCCUACUGGCCCGAUAUGGGCCUCCCCACCAAAGAAUCCCUGGCGGAAACAGGCGAGCCAAUGCACCCCCUCACACUUUCCUGCCUCGCACCCGUCACCCCUUCCACUUCCGAAAAACCCGCCACGCGAAUCACCCAAAUGCGUCUCCUCCGCGACGCCUAUCGUUCCCAAUUUCUCGCCUCCUACAACGCCCAAGAAAUCGACUACGUCCUGAGUCCAUGCUACGUAGGCCCGGCCUCGAAACACGACACGGCGGAAUUCUGGAAUUACACCGCCCUGUGGAAUUAUCUGGAUUAUCCGGCCGUCGUUUUUCCGACUCCGUAUGUCGUCACGGGCAACGAGACAUAUGAAACUGGAAAGCGGCAGUAUGUGGAAUUGAGCGCGAGGUGUAGGAAAGUCAAGCAGGAUUGGGAAGCGGAUCCCCUGGGCUGGAAAGGGGCGCCGGUGAAUUUACAGCUGGUGGGGAGGCGAUGGCGGGAUAGUGAGGUUUUGGGCGUUCUGGGGGAGAUGGGGAGAGUUUUGGGGUUUGAUUGA